CUCCUGUCUUAAGCGAGGAGGAGCAGCAGCGGCAGCAGUGGAUCCCAUCUCUCUCUCUUCACUCAGCACCUGGAGGGGUGUCAGCCUUCAGAAGCAAGGACACGAAUGGGCAGAGCAGAACUUCUAGGAGGGAACAUGAGUACCCAGGAUCCCUCGGAGCUGUGGGGCCGGGCAGAUGGAGGCUCAGACCUGUUCCAGGAUUUGGGGUGGUACCAUAGCAACCUCACCCGCCAUGCUGCAGAGGCCCUUCUGCUCUCCAACGGACGCGAUGGCAGCUACCUGCUGAGGGACAGCAAUGAGCAGACCGGGCUCUACUCUCUCUCCGUGAGAGCCAAAGACUCCGUCAAACACUUUCAUGUUGAAUACACUGGGUACUCCUUUAAGUUUGGCUUUAAUGAAUAUUCAUCUCUAAAGGAUUUCGUCAAGCAUUUUGCAAAUCAACCUUUGAUUGGAAGCGAGACAGGGACUCUGAUUGUUCUGAAGCAUCCCUAUCCAAGGCAAGUGGAGGAACCUUCCAUUUAUGAGUCAGUCCGGGUCCACACGGCGAUGCAGACGGGAAGAACAGAGAAUGACCUCGUGCCCACUGCACCUUCUCUGGGCACCAAAGAAGGCUAUCUCACCAAGCAGGGAGGUCUGGUAAAGACUUGGAAAACGAGAUGGUUCACUUUGCAAAGGAACGAACUGAAAUAUUUCAAAGACCAGAUGUCUCCAGAACCAAUUCGGAUCCUAGACCUAACGGAGUGCUCAGCUGUCCAAUUUGAUUACUCGCAGGAUCGCGUAAACUGUUUCUGCUUAGUGUUCCCAUUCAGGACAUUUUAUCUCUGUGCAAAGACGGGAGUCGAAGCCGAUGAAUGGAUCAAAAUACUGCGAUGGAAGUUGUCAAAAAUAAGAAAACAGCUGGAUCAAGACGACACCAUCCGAUCUCGGUCAUUUAUCUUCAAAUAGAACUUUCUUGCUCAAGGGCAAGGUUGAUGUGCCAGGUGUCGGAUCUGUGGCGGACUUCAGAGGAAAGCUCACUGAAGUAUUUCCUCUAAAAACAAACCAAAAGCAGAUCCUGGUUGGAAGCUGUAUGCUGUUUGCUGAUUCAUGGAAAACAGCUGGCAGGACCUGGCUGUCUGCUCGGGAACACAGAUGCAGUGCCCUGCUGAUGGCAACUGCCUAACAUCCAUGUGGAGCCACUCUUGGACACAGCACCAGCUCGGUGGCUGUCCCAGUGGCUUAGGCUUGUUGACUUUAUUUGCCUGGAGUCCAGCCCCAAGUCAUGGAUAGCACAACUAAACUUCAGGACAUGCUCCAAGCAGCAAGGAAACAGCAGUGCAUCAGGAAGUUCGGGCUGUGCUUUUAGGAAGCAGAUUAAGAUAAUAAACACCGAGGACGUUCAAAGGACAGGUUGCUUUUCUUUUGUUUAUAUACAAAAACCUCAAAUAGGGCUGAAGAGGUGGCUCAGCCAUGAAAAGUACAGCUGCUCUUGCAGAGAACCUGAAUUCAGUUUCCGGGACCUAUAUCCAGGGGUUCACAAAUGCCCAACUCCAGGGACCCAUGCUCAAGUGCGCGCAUGCACGCGCGCUCGCGCACACACACACACACACACACACACACACACACACACACACACAGUCUUUUUAAAAGGCUUAGAAGGCUGGAGAGAUGGCUUGGUAAGCCAUUUUAGCAUACUCUGUGGGAUCCUUGAGUGGGUUCCCCCAAACUCACACAAAGAUAGGAGGAGAGAAUCAAUUCCACAAAAUUGUUCUCUGACCUCUACAUGUAAAUGCCAGCAUGAAUGGCCCCACCUCCCCCCCCACACACACACACAAAUCCAGUGGACCCUUCACUUCUAAUGAUAAAUUGAAAACUACAUGUUGUGUGGGUGGAUAGAUAGGAAAAAGUAAAUGAACGUGUAAUAAAGGGUAGGAAUGUUUUAAACAGUAACACCCUGAGAAGGGUGGUAGUGAAUCACUUAGUUUAAUGGUUAUCAUUACAAAUAUAUGUAUAAGCACUAAUUAAAACUCUUUAGCUGUCAUUUCUUCAAAUUCAUCUAGACUUCUCCAUAAAGCCUGUGCUCUGUCUCUUUUCCGAGCUGUAUGAGAUUAUGGCCAUGGAGUACCCAAACGUUAAAAGGCGACUUCUGUUUCCUAGGGAGUAAAUUAAAUCUUUGUAAAAUCCAUGGUACAUAGCUGUUGCAGACUAGAAGACCAGGACUGAGUUGCAAUGACUUGCUGGUGUUCAGAGGUCAUGAACAGAUUUUUAAUUUCCAAUCAUUAUUGAUCUGGCUUUUUUUUUUUAAAGAAGGGACUCAAAUGAGUGGUGAGCCAGCAAGUGAUGCAGAGCUGACGGAACUCUGUUCUUGCAGUAGAAAGGGACAAUAGUUUUCACUUUUGUCAGUGUGACCAAGAUGCUGAAGUGGAAUCUGCUCCCCUUCAUCCGUCUCAAUGCUUGAGCCAACAAUUUACAGAACGAUUCACUUUCCUCUGUGGUUCUAAGAUGUUUCUGCCCCCUGUGCUGGGUAGGGUGUGGGAUAGCUGCUCAUAUCAGAGCAGGCGGGAAGCAGAACAAGGCAGUCAGUCACAGGGAAGGGAGAGGGCAAGACAGCGUCCUCAGAAAUAUGUCUCGAGUGUCAUGCUUCCACAUUCUACCCCCUCCUCAUAGUCCGCUCAGAUUCUGAUCCAGGAAUGGAUUAAACCAUCUAUCGGGUCAGCACACACAUCUCUGGCCCACCUUCAGGGACACAUCCAGAAAUGUACGCUCCUCCUUUUGGUAUUUCUCAAGUUGGUGUCAAGAUUCAUUCAUAGAACCUUGUUAAGUAUCUUUCCCUGGUGUCUAAACACUUAAGAAAAGUCGUUUAUUUCAGAGUUUUUAGAGCUGGGUUAUGGAUCAAUUAGAACAACUGGCCUCAAUGGGGGGGGGGGUUUGUAACUUGUUAUGUUUGUAUUAGAUGGAAUGAGAUAAAAUACAUUGUGUCAAGGAGUAAGAAAUGGCUCUGUACUAAACACUCUACCUUCUGUAAAAUACAUUUAUUUAUGUUUGUUCUGUUCAUUAAAUAAUGUAUGAUUUUUUGUAU